GAAAAAUGGCGGAUUAACACGAAAUCCACACCAGAAACAAACAUACACGUUACAAAGCAAGGUGAACGCCCUCGGAUACACCGAGCAGCGUCUUCUUUUAUGCUCGACUUCAGCGUUGAGCCCACAUUAGCACUGGCUAGUAGCCUCGGUGCGCUGACACAGGAAAAACAGGGAGCGGGGUCGCUUUAAUUCAGACGCCAUCCCCCUUGGCGGAGGAAAAAGGCGCACUUCUAUUGAAGAGAACGGUCACCCGGAGAGGAGAGAGAGGGACGCUGUGAAACGGUUAUGAAGUGUUAAGUGUUGCAUUGUGAGCUUGGUCAGUAUUGUUGGAGUAUGAGGAAACCUGUACCACAGAAAGCUAUCGAGUGGAAAGAUGCCAGAAGGAUCAAGCAAACCCGGAGUGGACGGCCCUCCCGGGUGCCUUCACAGUACCAAGCUGGACAUUUCAGCUGGGAAAAAUACCUGAAAGAGACCUGUGCUGUUGCUGCACCUGCUUCAUGCUUCAGACAGAGCCUCACACCUCCAGUUAACGAGUUCAAGGCGGGGAUGAAGCUGGAGGCUCAGGACCCACGAAACACCACGUCCACCUGCAUCGCCACAGUAGUGGGCCUGACCGGGUCACGGCUCCGGCUGCGCUUGGAUGGGUCGGACAACAAGAACGACUUCUGGCGCUUGGUGGACUCCUCUGAGAUCCAGCCGAUUGGCAACUGUGAGAAGAACGGAGGCAUGCUGCAGCCACCACUUGGUUUCCGUCUCAAUGCGUCUUCCUGGCCCAUGUUCCUCUUGAAAACGCUAAACGGAGCGGAGAUGGCACCUGCCCGCAUUUUUCACAAGCAGGAGCCCCCUGCCCCAGAACAGAACUCCUUCGAGGUGGGCAUGAAGCUGGAGGCGGUGGACCGGAAAAAUCCCCAUUUCAUCUGUCCAGCGACAGUGGGUGCUCUGCGCGGUGCCGAGGUGCUGGUCACCUUCGACGGCUGGCGUGGAGCCUUUGACUAUUACUGUCGCUACGACUCACGUGACAUCUUCCCUGUAGGCUGGUGCGCCCUCACCGGAGACAACCUUCAACCACCUGGCACCAAAGUAGUGUUACCGAAGAGUGUUGGGGCAUUGACGGACGGGAGUGUGGAGAACCCAGCCAUGCACCCGACCCCGACAGUCGGACGACCACCGGGUCAGAGAGGACGUAAGCCAGGUCGCAGGAAAAUAAAGGUUGCAGGUCCCUGGGGUCAGAAGGACUCAGCAUUGACGCCACAGACCAUCCAGUCGGGCAAGGAGAUUGUCCCCAUCAAGAUCCCCAAAAAACGAGGGCCCAAGCCUGGCAAUAAGUUAAACUGGGCAAAGAGAGCUGGCUGGCUGGAAGACGCCAUGGCUGGUCCAGGACGGCCAGUGACGGGUCCUGUGAGAACCAGGGGCAGACUGCCUGCUAACUGGGCACAGAGGAUAGCUCUGCAGCAGGCCCAGACUCAGGCACAACCUAUCAAAAUCCCAAAGAAGAGGGGGCCCAAGCCUGGCAGCAAGAGAAAACCGCGCGUGGUACCUAAUCCAGUCCCCACGUCUCCCACCAGCAGCACCCCAGAGCCUGACACCAGCACUGUGCCUCAGGACAAUGCUACCAUUCCCAACUCUGCACUACAGGCCCCCACAGUUUGUGUGUAUCUAAACAAGUAUGGAAAAGUUGGGCCCCAUUUGGACCAGCGGCGUAUCCAGCAGCUCCCGGACCAUUUUGGACCAGGCCGGGCGUCUUCAGUGCUUCAGCAGUGCGUCCAGGCUUGUGUUGAUUCUGCCCACAACCAGGGAACCGUCUUCGCUUGCCUCAAAUCUGGCCAAGGUGGUGAAGUUAUUUCAGCUUACUUUGACCAGCAGCAGCACACCCUCACGCUGCCGACAGUCAGCAGUGUCACCUACGUCCUCCGCUUUCUGGAAAAGCUUUGCCACAACCUGCACUGUGACGCGCUGUUUGGCAGCCAACCUGUGGCCAGAGGAGGCCUGCACUACAGCAGCCACACGUACAGCACAGAGAGGAGAAGUUUUGGAGACGGCUUGAAGACGGGCUCGGGUCAAAGCACAAAGAGGUUCCUCCAGAACUUCAGCAGUCCUGCGCCACAGAAACUGGCCAAAAUCUCACGGCACUCUACUGAUGCUGAGUCCUUCCUGGAGAACAGCAUCGUCACAUCAGAGCACUUAAAAAAGAGCCCCCUCUCUCCAAACGCCACAGGACUCAGGUCUCCCACAAAACUGCUGCAUCACAAUAACUUUAAAGGCUCAGGCAGUUUACGGGAGAGCCCGAGGCCCAGUGGUCAAGACCCCAACCUGUGGAAAGUGGAGGACGUCAUGCAGUACAUCAGAGAUAUCGACCCGGUGCUGGCUCCACACGCCGACCUUUUCAGAAAACAUGAAAUUGACGGCAAAGCACUCCUGUUGUUGCGUAGCGACAUGAUGAUGAAAUAUAUGGGCUUAAAGCUCGGUCCCGCCCUCAAACUCACCUACCACAUCGACAAGCUCAAGCGGCCCUGAGGGGGUCAGGUGACCAGCAGCAGCAGCCACCGCCGCCGCCUUCCACAGGACUUCACGCCAACCACCUCCUCCCUCUUCUAGGAUCAGUAUAUCAUGCACUACAUAUUGGACAUAUACUGACCAUUCACUUGUAGCAGCUUCCAUCCGACCGUCAUAUUAUUUUCAUAUCGCUGUCCCGGCCUCAUCCGAUGAGGAAUGUUUAUUUUUUGUGUAGCACAAUCCAGCCCCAAGGCAGCAUGGGAUACGUAGACUCACCCACUCUCUUUCACGUCAGUUUUGCAUUUCAUUAUAACUUGAAAAGUCACACGUGGGCAUUUUUAAGUGUGACAGGCUUUUUUUUUCAGGCCUGCUUUUGUUACGUUACAUGUAUUCUGUACAUAUGUCGUAUUUUGUACUUCAUGAAUAUAUGGACUUGUAUUUUUGCCUUUUUUGUGUUGGAUAUGUUAAAAGAGAGAAAAGUGUAAAGGAAGGAGAAAAAAACUCACUACAAUGAUCCCAAUAGUUGGGAGUGUUUCUGAUCAAUGUCUCUUUUUGAGGCACAAUUUUGCAACUACGUCAAAUAUGAACUGAGACGACAGAAGAAAAAGUGUUUUAUGAAAGGGAAAAAAAAAGAAACUUUUAUUCUGAAAAACACUGCCAUGAGGAAAUGUUCGUGUCUUUAUUCUGGAUGUUGUUUCACAAUGUCUUGUCUUGUUAUUUGUACUUUUUCAACUUUUUAUACUAUAUUAUUAGAGUUCCUACAUGGAGAGCCCUAUCAUAAUUAACAUUGUUCAAUAAAUAUAUAAUAAGAAUACAAGAGCUGCACUGCAAUACUUUUGUUUACUUGUAUAAUAUAAUAUUUUCUAUCUUUAAUUUCCACGUACAUAUGAGUCCUCGGAAAUGCUUGAAUUUUAAUGUGGGGUUUUUGGAUAGAGUGCUUAAAGAUGCUUGAAAUACUGACUGUUAUAAAAACAUGAUUGUUGGUACGUCUAUUGCAAAGUUGCAUCUCUUUUAUUGUGAUAAAAAGAGUGAAAUGAUCA